AUCGUUCUUGAGCUUUCAGCUAAUUACUGUACAUUCCUGAGGUAUGCCAGAUUAAUAGUGAAGGCGUGAAACGUCAUUUUAUCUUCAAGCUACACAGAAAGAUAAAGCCCACCUCGUAUUCUGCAAGUGAAGAUGUAUCACUGUCUCUUUGAGUUUGUGUUUCGAUCCGUUCAUAUGAGGGUUCAAGAGAAUCGGUGCUAGUCUCCAAAAUUGGCAAGCUGGACACCGGUAUUGGUUCACGUUCCAACGAAUCUACCGGUGAUGCAAUAGGUGUUGCUGCUCGUAAAUCUUCUUCGUCAAUUGGUCUUGUUUUCACCUCUGUCUCCUAAACACAGUAGGUUGAUCGACGUCCAUAUUUGAAUAGAAUUUAGUAAAUCACAGAAAAAAUUCACAUAAAAUAUAUAAACAAUAAACAAGCAAACAAAAAUUGCACCUUAAUUAAUUAUCUGUAAAUUUCUAACAUUUUUAAAUAUUGUUGCUACAAGUAAAAUAAAUGAGGCCACCGACUUGACUCCAUUUCAUCUAAAGCUCAACUCAAGAUCCCAAUGUGUGUGUGUGUGUGUGGGUGUGUGUGGUUCCUUCUUUCGUUGAUUCCCCACGCCUGCUUCAAGGGAAACUGGACAGGUACUAAAAGGCGUGAUUCCAAAAGUAUGUUCACCCAUCAUAUUUCGGAUCAAUGCCCACCUGAGACAAGCAUGUUGUUCAUCGCUAUUGGACACUUACUUAGUACCAGGGUCGUCUCGGAGAGUACCGGUCAGUGAAGUAUUCGUUUUCACUUUUUCGAACAUAACUUCCUCAAAACUCAAGCUUUGUGCAAGAAACUCAAACAGUAGAAAACUUAGGCAGUUAGUAAUAUUAUACUGCUGUAAUGGCCCAGCAGCACAUUUCCAAGCAAAACUGGCGCUUUAUUUUCAAAUCGCCCGCCAACACACAUUUCUACCUUCUAUAACUAGUGGGUUUUUAUAUUAA